CCCCCCCCCCCCCGCUGGGAGUGAGACGAAAGGUGUGUAUUUAUGGUUCUGGAAACGCUGUUCCUGGGGACAAAGGAAACUGCCAUAGAGUGAGUCGGGCCAUCAGUUCACUUAGUUCCUUACUGUCUGCUCUGCCUGGAAAUGACAAGAAUUGAACCUGGAACCUUCUCCAUGCCAAGAAUGUGUUCUGCCAAUGAGCUGCAGUGAUUGCGUUGUUCAGAUUUGCCUCCUCAAUUCAGCAAGCGGCGGGGAGCCCAGAGCGGCUGGAUCCAGCGUGCGACAGGUCGCCAGUGAGAUGUCUUGCCGCAGAGGGCACUGCCCACAGUGAAGAGGUGCCUGGUGAACGAUGGCCAAGCGGCUUCUGGUGGCUAUCACCCUCUGGGCCCUGGGAGGCCCUGCUGGACUUCAUCAUCUCUACCUGGGCCGGGAUAACCAUGCCCUAUUGUGGAUGCUGACUUUGGGGGGGUUUGGGAUGGGGUGGCUCUGGGAGCUGUGGCUGCUGCCGGGUUGGGUGGCGCAGGCCAAUCGCACCUUGGAACUGCCCAGAGAUGGACCUCCACCUUUCAGCCCUGUGCGCUUCCUUGGCCAAGCCUCAGUAGGCAUCUACUUUGGUUUGGUGGCCCUGAUGGGCCUCUCAGCCCUCCCGGGUUUUUACUUCCUGGCUCUCCCCCUGGCGGUGGGACUCGGAGUUCACCUGGUGUCCGCAGUGGGUGACCAAUCCUCCGAUCUCCAAGCUACUUUAAAGGCGGCCUUCAUAACUGCACCAAUCUUCUAUGGCCGCUCUCUGGCCAUCUUCCCCAUCACUCUCACGACUAGUGUCACAGCCCAGCGGCACCGGUGCUAUAAAUCCAGCAAGCGCACCAGGGAGAAGCUUGGUGCCCGACUGUACCGACUGGGCCUAGCCUACCUUGCUUUCACUACACCUUUGGCAUACUCUGUCUUCUACAACACAGUGGCCACUGCCAGCUACGUAGCCGGCACUAUUAGAUCCACGCUGGAUUGGCUCAGUGUGUUCCCAUCCCUGAGCAGCGCGCUGGAAUCGGUGCUCCUCCUGCCCUACCAUGCUUGGAAGAUGCUGGGCUUCAGCGGUGGCUCCUUCCAGGAGUGGGAGCAAGUUUUUGCCUUUGUGCACUCGGUCCAGAACGAGAGGCAGCGGAUGGCAUUGAAGGUCUUAGGAAUCCACGACGAUGCCACACCUGAAGAAAUCCACAAAAGCUACCGGGAGCUGGUGAAGCUUUGGCAUCCAGAUCACAAUCGGCACCGGGCGGAAGAGGCGGAGAGACGUUUCAUUGAGGUACAAGCUGCCUAUGAGCUCCUCACACAGAUGAGGAAGCCAAAGCCGACAUGACGGACUCUGACUGCAUCCAUAAAACACUGACGUUUAUGUUGCUGGGGGGAAUAAAAGCAUUACGCCUUGAAGCCAUGGUUCUUCAAGGAAAUUCCAGACAUAUGGCAACCCUAGAAAAGAAGAAUGGCAUAUAAUCAUUAAUCCCAAACCACAGAGACUCAAAAUCUAAACUA